AUGACAUUUGCUGGUUCCCGACGUCCUUUGCGAAUGGUAAGUAGAACGCAGGUAACUGGUAAUCGUCUUCACUGGUUCCCGACGUCCUUUGUGGAUGGUGUGGCCACUCCAUGGAACGACUGGAAAGUUACACGUAAACAUAUGAUCAAGACAUUAAAUGAAUAUGUUGUGAAAAAUCAAGGAAUGGAAAAGUUUCUGAAAACAGAAUGUGAUGUUUUAGAGAAGUACAUCUCUAAUGCUGCAGGAAAACCAAUAUAUCCAAAAGAUGCUAUCUAUAAUGCAAUUGGUAACGUUUUCUGUUCCCUGGUGUUCAGUAAAAGAUUUGAAUACAGUAAUGAUGAUUUCAAAACACUUUUGGCGAAGGUGUCUAAAAAAGCCUCAUCCAAUACUGAUUUUUUAACAUUUCUACCAUUAUUUUGGCAUAUUCCUACAACCAAGAAACGCAUGUUUCUCUUAGUUGAAGCGGAAGUGUCAUCACUAAUCGAAGCCAUUAUUACCGAGCGUCGCCAACAGUUGCUGGAUAGAGAACCAGAAAAUAUUAUCGAUUCAUUCCUUAUUAACCCAGAUACAUAUGGAGGUAACACCACCAACUUAGUUGAAGCUGCAAAAAGUAUGUUCAUGCCAGGGAUAAAUUCAACAUCCAGUACAUUGUUGUGGGGAAUACUCUACCUCGCCUUGAACCCGGAGAUCCAGGAGAAGUGUUACUCGGAAAUAGUGAAAGUAGUGGGAAUUGAACAACAUGUUUCACUGCAGAAUAGGGAAAGCCUUCCAUAUGUUGAAGCAACAAUUCUAGAAAUCCAUCGAUGUGCCAGUGUUCUUCCACUUGGAGUGCCUCGCCUAGUUAAUACAGAUAUGAAUAUAAAUGGUCACACCAUACCUAAAGGUACCACAGUGAUAGCAAAUAUAUGGGCCAAUCAUAUGAAUGAGAAGAAGUGGUCAAAUCCAUACAAGUUUAACCCAGAUAGAUUCAUGGGCGAUGGCAUCGCACACAGGAACCACGUUAUUCCAUUUUGCAUUGGUUUGCGUGCUUGCCCUGGUCAAGACUUUGCCAAAGUGAGUAUAUUUACUAUGAUAACACGACUGAUGCAAAAGUUCAUGUUCAAACUACCACCUGGAUCUAAGGCACCAUCCAUGAUAGGGCAACCUGGAGAGGCAAGACAAACAUUUGAUUAUGACGUUGUAUUUGAAAUCCGCCAUUAA